AUGGAGCGCGCGUGCUUCUGCCCCAUGAUUGUUGCCAGAGGAGCUGAUCAGGUGCCGCUGACCUCCAAGUUUGAAUACCGCCACGAUGUGGGGGUGCUGCGCAACUACGCCAAUUUGCUGCUGGACCUUUGCAGGUUUGUUCCCGACGGAGUGGUUUGUUUCUUUCCCUCUUACGCGUACAUGGAAACCGCCAUGUCUUUCUGGUACGAGAAUGGGUUUUUGGCCCAAGUGCUGGAACACAAAUUAGUGUUUUUGGAAACAAAAGAUGUUGUCACAACAACCCUCGCUUUGUUCAAUUUCAAAAAGGCCUGCGACUGCGGCAGGGGCGCUGUCUUCUUCUCCGUCGCGCGGUGGGCCUAG